UCCUCUGUUUCUACUGCUCCAACUUCUUUUACCAAUUUUUUUUUCUUGGCUAAAUCCACAGGUUAAUUUGGUUGUCUCAUCUUCUUCAUCCAACCAACCAACCCCUUGUCUCCAACUUUCACUUUGCAGAAUGGAGAACGAGACUACGAGAGCAAAGCUAAAAAUUACACAUUCCACUUUUACUCUUUACAAUAUUCUUGGAGCUCACUUUUGGCUUUUCUUAUUAUUUUUCCAAUAAUAUCUCAACAUGGGUUUUGCUUCCUUCAUUCCUUUAGGUCCACAGGUCAGGACAGUACCCUGGAAGGGUCGGAGAUUGCUCAUCCGAGUGUUAGAGAUUUGAUCUUGGUUCCUCUUGUGGCUUAUCUUGGAUGAGUCCUUCCCCAACAUGGUCUUUAUCUCUAACACCGAGAAGAUAUUGCACGUCUCCUCUGCGCUGAAGAAAUUGUGCUCCUCCAUUUUCACGAACUGUGUCGAGAACGUUUUCUGAAACUGAAGGCAACUGAUCGGCGGCGGCGGGGCUAGGAUUCAGUACAUGCAGCAAUGCCACACCUGCUCUUCAACGCUCAGCAUCCACCACUCACGCCACCCUUAUCCCAUCACCGACGUCCACUGUUUCGCACCGAGAAUCCAACGGCGUGGAUUCACUCAACAAGGCCCAUAGGCAUGCCUUCUUUGCAGCCCACAGUUGCCGUGGCUGAGCAUCCACCACACGAACAAGCAGAAGAUAUGGCCAAACUUUAAAAUAUCACUUGUACUAUUAAAUUAACCUUCAAUGGCGCUUCCAUCUGUUUCUGCUCUCAAGAUUGUUCCUCUUUCAUCAUUCUCUCGUUGUUUUCUACCUCGUAAUUAUCCUACCACCUUUUCUUCAUCGCCAUCGCCAUCGUCCAAACACACGAGAAACUCUUUCAACUACUCCUUUCGCCUUUCAUAUCGAUUUUCUGCUGUGGAAGACGAUGAUGAUACCGGGGACAAUUGCAGCUUUGAAGAAGCGAUUGUGCUUUUCAACGACAGAGAAUACUAUAAAUGUCAUGACUUUCUUGAAGCUCUGUGGAACACGGCCCAAGAGCCUACCAGAACUCUGAUUCAUGGCAUUCUACAAUGUGCUGUGGGAUUUCAUCACCUCUUUAAUCAGAACCAUAGAGGAGCCAUGAUGGAGCUGGGAGAGGGACUAUGUAAGCUAAGAAAGAUGAAUUUUGAGAGCGGACCAUUUCAUCAGUUUGAGCAAGAGAUUUCUGCAGCUCUGGAUUUCAUUUACCAGACCCAGAUUGAAUUAGCUGCAUGCACUGAUGAUCUUUGUCUUGCAAUGGAUCAAUCAGAGAGGUCGUACCAACUUCUUGGAAGCUACGGUGCUGGACAGCAUCUUUAUAGUCUACAAACUAACCCUGAUCAGAUAAUGUACAUUGUGUUCUGCCCUCAGAGGGCUUAUGCUGCCAGCACGCCACCAAAGGUAAAGCUUCCGCUCCUUAGUGCAACCAAAGAACACCUUGUGGCCUUUGAGUACAAGUGAUUUAUAUGCUGAAUGCAACUCCUCCUUGUUAUUUACUUCCAAUUACCCGUUGUUAACGGGUAUUUUAUUUCAUUCAGGUCAAAUGUAAGUUGAAAAGCUACAACAUUUGACGGAAGCUUUGUAUAUAAAAAAGAAAAAUUACAGUUAUUUUACAAGACAUAUAAAACAGGUUUUA